AUGGUGUUACAAGACUUGGGCCGGCGCAUCAACAGCGCCGUGACCGACCUCACCCGCUCGCCCACUCUCACCGAGAAGGCAUUCGAUGGCAUGAUUAAAGAGAUAUGUAACGCCCUCAUGGAAGCCGACGUCAACAUCCGCCUCGUCACUAGCCUACGAAAAACGAUCAAGAGCAGUGUGAAGCUGGAUCAGCUACCGCCCCAUGCCAACAAGAAGCGAAUAAUCCAGAAAGCUGUCUUCGAUGCGCUGGUUGAUAUUGUAAAUCCCCAUCAGACCGCCUACCAGCCGAAAAAGGGCAAGAGCAAUGUCAUCAUGUUCGUGGGGCUGCAGGGUGCCGGUAAAACGACUACCUGUACGAAGUUGGCAAGGUGGUAUCAGGCGAGAGGAUUCAAGACGUGCCUGGUCUGCGCGGACACCUUCCGAGCUGGAGCUUUCGAUCAAUUGAAGCAGAACGCCAUCAAAGCGAAGAUCCCAUACUACGGCUCUCUCACGCAGACGGAUCCUGUGGUUGUCGCCCGAGACGGUGUGGCCAAGUUCAAGAAGGAGCGAUUCGAAAUUAUCAUUGUAGACACCAGCGGUCGCCAUCACCAGGAGGAUGCAUUGUUCGCUGAGAUGGUGGAGAUUCAGGGCGCGGUGCAACCGCAUCAAACCGUCAUGGUGUUGGAUGCGUCCAUUGGGCAGGCAGCCGAAGCUCAAAGUAGAGCCUUCAAGGAGACAGCAGACUUCGGUGCGAUCAUCAUCACGAAAACGGACGGCGCAGCAGCAGGUGGUGGUGCAAUCUCCGCUGUCGCAGCCACUCACACACCCAUCGUCUUCAUUGGUACUGGCGAGCACCUCCUCGACCUCGAGCGCUUCAAUCCACAAUCCUUCGUCUCCAAACUCCUCGGCAUGGGCGACAUGCAAGGCCUCAUGGAGCUCGUGCAGUCACAAAACCUCGACCAGAAACCCACCAUGAAGAACAUCAGCGCCGGCAAGUUCACCGUCCGCGACAUGCGUGACCAAAUCCAGAAUGUGACAAAGAUGGGACCGCUCUCCAAGAUGGCUGGCAUGAUCCCUGGAAUGGGCAACAUGAUGCAAGGCAUGGACGACGAAGACGCUUCGCUGAAGAUCAAACGCAUGAUCUACAUCUGCGACUCCAUGACGGCCAAGGAGCUCGACAGCGACGGCAAAAUCUUCUCGGAGCAACCGACCCGCAUGGUUCGGAUAGCACGUGGUUCGGGCACGUCGGUCCGUGAAGUAGAGGAGUUCUUGUCGCAGCAGCAGACGAUGGCCGGGGUGGCGAAGAGCGCGAAGGGCAUGCAGGCGAAUGCGCAGAAGGCGCAGGGACAGAUGCGUGGCGGGAACAAGCAGCAGCAGAUGGCGGCUAUGCAGAGGCAGAUGCAGAGUAUGGGGGGUGGUGCCGGCGGGGGAGGAAUGCCUGAUAUGGGCGCCAUGAUGAAGAUGUUGCAGGGUGGUGGAGGUGGAGGGGGUGGGAUGCCGGACAUGAGUAGCCUGAUGAAUAUGAUGGGUGGUAUGGGUGGUAUGGGAGGUGGUGGUGCAGGUGCUGGGAGAGGUGGAAGGCGGUAG